AUGGAAGAACUGCUCCUGCCCCCCAUUCCUAUCUUUUCACCACCGCCAGGCAGAUUAAAGCACCUCAAUAGCCAGUACCUCAGACGACGAGGUGCAGCAGGAGAGUCGCACACCAGCCCCUCCCGGGCCCUCCAGUCACCCCCCAAUCCCAUACUGCCUGUGCCUUCUCCUCCGAGGCUGGGGGCUGGGUAUAGCAAUUGUUCUCCAAAGGGACCUGCUACUCAGCAGGGUGGCACGAGCGGCAGUGAACUAACUACUGAAAACAUUACUACUUCACAUAACAGCGAUGCAGAAAGUGCUGAAAUAGGGAGAAAUAAUGCCAGUAGCCAUUCGGAGGGGUUCUCAUUUGAAGCAGCACAGCCAAAUAGCAGAACGAUUCUAGCUGGCAGUGCUAUUGCAUCUCCUACAGGAGCGGGUGAAUACUACUCACAGGGUGACUAUCCAGACCCAGACUGGCAGAGUGCAGACAUAAGGUUGGAUCGUAGCUACCAGGCAAAUGAUAUCCCAAGCUCUUCACCACCUGCAUCUGUAACUAGCGGGGCCCUGCCUCAUAACCAUGGGAUUGGGGGGGCAUCAUCACAAGCUACGCAGGAGCUGGAGAAAUUGCAUCAGGCCAUGGACAAGAUCAAAUCAGAAUUUGACGAGCGUCUGAGAGUCACUAGGCAUCCCACUGAGGAAAAUAUGAUCGGCCAGGGAAAUAAAAUCAUGACUCCAGCUGCACUCUCUAACAUCCCCCAGCUCUAUCACAUAAUUUUCCAGUAUGUUGACCAGGGUGCCAACCUCCGAUACCCCAAAAUCAGCAGUGUAAAAGAGGAGGAGAGGACAGCAGGGCGUAUUAGGAAAGGUAUACUGGCCACACAGAUUCGCCAUCAAUUUCUUUUGGAGCUGAGAAGCUCUGUGAUGGAGCAUAGCACUUUUGUUGCCCCUGAUGCUCGGCAUUGGAUCCAGACAGCCUCACAGCGUGCUCGUUCGACUUACAGCCGCUAUAAACUGGGGAAAACGACGCAUAGCCGCCGCCACAACGGCAAAGGAAGGGGUGCUGGCUUCAGUGGAAGUAGUAAAUAA